AUGGCCUGUAUACAAAAUCCAGCUUCAAAGCAAUCAAAAGUCACUAAAUCAUAUCUUAGAAGUGGCACAAAAGGAUCAGACGUGAAACUCAAAAAGAAAAGUGACAAAAGAGGGAAGAAAAAGAAAAAGGCAGGACUACCGAAGUUACCAAAAGGUCCUUGUGUUCCAGGGAAACUAUAUGCCAAAGGCUGUAAAAAAUGUUACUGCACUAAUGAAAAAAACGGAGUUUGCACAGAAAAUUGCGCAAAUAACAAAAUAAGUCGUUUAAGUGACCAAGAUAUAUCAGAAAUAGAAGUAAGAUCGGAAUAUGAGUUGCCACAAUUACCGCAUGUGGGCGUUGAAUGUGAGCCCGGACAUUCUUAUCUUGUUGAAUGUAAUGUCUGCUUUUGUUCUGAGAGACGAGAUCUAUUCUGCACAAUGAAAUACUGCCUUAAUGUGAAAAGUUAUUCAGAGAACGCCCUUGCUGAAUAUGAAGGAACGUGCAAGCCAAAUUCUUAUUUCACACUGAACGGUCGGCUGUGCUAUUGUGAUUAUCUAGGCAGGUGGUCCGAAACAAAUUGCAAAGUUAUAGCUAGAAAGCAAUCAUGUCAACCUGGACAGAUAAUUUGGCAAGGUUGCCAUAGAUGUACAUGCCAAAGGAAUGGUCAACUUUCUUGUUCAAAUGACUGUCAUUUAGAUGCUGCAAGAAGUCAUGGUUUCUUUGAAUACGGUGCCAUAUGCACACCGUAUAGGUCAUAUUAUGUUAAUUGCAGCCUUUGUUUCUGUCCUGCGUCAGGGUUAACCUUCAGUGCACAAUGUGUGAGCGAUGCGUCAUGUUCUGUAGACCCUAACACUUCAGAUAUCCAGAUAUUGGCGAAGGCUAGUCAAUGUAUACCCAACGUCAUGUACUUAUUCCCAUGUAUUCAAUGCCUGUGUUCAGAAACAGGAUAUUUUAUUUUAGAUAAAUGUUUAGAAAAAUGUCAGUCACAAGUCAAACCGCAGCGUAGAUGUAUUCCAGGUUCAUUAUACAGAAAAGAUUGUUUUGUAUGUCGCUGUCCAGAUGAUAGUAUACCGGAUGAAAAGCUGUGUGUAAAAGGAUUGUGUGAUAAAAAUAAACAUUUGUACACAUUACGGUCAACACCAAAUCGUUGCGUUCCACACACUUUCACAAAACCUAUAUGCCUUUAUUGUGACUGCAGUUCUGAAGGCACUGUCAAUGAAGAUUCCUGUCUAGAGUUGGAUUGCUCUAAAGCGGUAGACUUCAAAACCUAUACUGAAACAGAUACUUGUAAUCCUGGAGAACUGGUCCCAAUUUGUAUAGAAUGCUUUUGUCUCAACGACGGUCGGACCAAAAAUAUAUAUUGUACAAGAGUAUGUACGUACCAAAGUAAAUUAAAUGUUCUAGAAAAACUUUUAAAUCACAGUCUCACGGAUGUUAGUUUGAUUGAUAAAAGUAAAAUAACAAAAACUAGAACCGGCGAAGAUUGUGAGCGUAACACUCUCUAUAUAGAUGAAGGCAGAUACUGCUUGUGUUCAAAUAAUAUGGACGGAAAUCUGAAAUUUUGUACUUCCUUCGUAGAAAAUAUUGAAAAGGUUGCCGAAACUACGAAUUUAUUAAAGAAGAACCAGAUAGAUCUAACGCAAGAUUGCGAAUCAAAUACAUUAGUAGAUUUCGAUUGUAAUACAUGCUACUGCAAUAAGCAUGGAAAAAUUGAUCCUAAAUGGUGCACUGACGAUGAUUGCGAAGCUAAAAGAAUAGUAGAAGAAUCUCAUAAAGUUCAGCCUUACAUAGAUCCGGUGAAAGAUUCCGAUGGAUCUUGCGUUCCUGGUUCUAUAUCUAAAAUAAAAUGUAAUUUCUGCAUUUGUCCUGACAGUGGGAAUCUUAAAGAACGAGUAUGUACAAAAAACAUAUGCGAAGAUAACAAGGCGACGAUGUACGAAAAGUUCACUUGUGAACCCCUCGCAUAUUAUGAAGUUGACUGUAAUAUUUGUUAUUGUCCCCAAGAUGGCUUGAAAAAUGUCGCUAUGUGCAGCAAAAAUCAAUGCGAGAAAUCAUUCCUCAGAUCGACUGAAUGCAUCCCGGGUAACUUGUUCAGCGAUGAAUGCAACGUUUGUGUGUGUCCGCCAAAUGGAAAUAAAGAAGACAAAGUAUGCAUGAAUCACACGUGCAGUUUAGCACCGUGGAAUACCAUCAAAUUAUCCCAUACAUUGGUGGAGAAACAGAUUAAUGAGGAUACGACAAGAAGUUUGGACCUGUGUUAUCCAGGUGAAGAGUUCGUGAUGGGCUGCAAAUUAUGUGUGUGCCCAGAUUUAGGACUAAAGGCGUAUGCAACUUGUGAGGCGGUUCUGUGCAAAGACAACUUUAUUUCAUUUAGAAACAUAUCAAACGACGAUGGUGGUAGAACAUCUGAUAAUUCCGAGAAUGAAUCUAAUUUUUUAUACCACUCGAGACAAAAGAGAGAAGAUAUUAAUACUUGCUUUCUGUUAAACAUUUCUCAUAGCGCGGAGAGAAAGGAUUGUACUCCUGAUUCAUUGAGUGUAUCACAGGAACAAAACUAUGAAUGUGAACCUAACAGAAUUUACAAAGGAAAGAAUUUCACAUGCGUGUGUUCUAGUGAGGGUUUGUGGUUGGACAAGGAAUGCGCAAGCUAUGUAGAUCCUAGGGAAGAAAAAGAUUGCGAACCAAACACUUACAUAUUCCUUGAUUGCAAUGUCUGUCUUUGUGGACCAGACGGCAGAAUCAAUAAAAAACGUUGCACCAAACAUCACUGUGACCAAAUUAACACUCGAAGAUCAAAAUCUGUUGUAGGAACUUGUCAUGUUAAUACAUUUUAUUCGUUAGCACCAUGCCAAUUCUGUUAUUGCGUAAAUAAACACAAACUAGUCUGUAACGCCACUCCGAAAACUGAGAAAGUUGUUCUAGGAAACUUUGAAUUGAACCAAUGUAGCGGCAAUAUAUUGAAGGAAAUAUCCGAUUUAAUGCCAGAGAAACCUCUCAGAUAUGGAAAGUUAUCCAAAAAAGAUAAAUCGAAAAUAAUAAAGAGCAAAACAGCUACAACAGUUCUGGAUAUAGGGGCAAACAUCAGAUCUAUUGACGAUAAAACAGAUAAAAGCAAUGAAGUACAAACAAGUGUAAAACAUCAAAAUAAAAAGAAACAUAGAAAUAAAGAUGCCUUUAAAAAGGAUAAAUCCGUAAAGAAAAAAAUUAAUGAAGCUAUCGUUGAUGGUUGGGAAGAUUCUUCUGAAGAGAAACACAAAAAGAAAAGUAUUAUAAAAAAAUCAAAAUCAAUCCAUACAAAAACCGAAUCUAAUUCAGAGACUGAUGAUAAAGGGAAAAAUAAUGUUCUCACAAUUAAUUUACCCUACGUAUUAGAUAAAGUGCUUAACAUGGUUCUGCGUAAAUCGAUGGUUUCUUUGGAAUCUGCAUUGCCUCAAAAACUAUGGAGUGAACGUUGUACCAAGAACUCAAUCGCGUUGAAUGACUGCAACUGGUGUUGGUGUGAUGUCAGACAGAAGUUUCAAUGUAAAGCACGGAUCUGUGAGGAGGUGGAUAUGUUCGGACAUUUUAAAGACGCCAUACGUGAUAUUGAUGUGGGAAUGGAAGGACGCGGGUCUUGGCGAUCCUCAGUGACCCCCUGCACACCCGGAGUUCAUUACAGACGGGGAGAUGUUCUGUGCUUGUGUGAUGAAGAUGGAAAUUGGCCGAAUCCAGUCUGCAGAGACAUCUUCAGAGUUUUGCAUCCUGUGGAACUCCAUAGGGAUACUCUUAAUCAAACUUGUACUCCAUCUAAACUAUAUCUGAUUGGUUGUAACGUCUGUUUCUGUUCAUCAUCAGGAAUUUUAGAUCCGGAAUUAUGUACAAAACAAGAAUGUCAGGAAGAUGACCCAGCGCUACCAGAAAAUCGACCGAAAACCCAAACUGAUAAUGAAAAAAUUUCCGAAGUAUACGCCAAAUGCGAUUCUGACGAAACCUAUGAGCUUGGAUGUAGGAAAUGCACUUGUCUGAAAAAUAAUAGACUUAUAUGUAAUGACUGUCCAAAUGAACAUACAGCUGUGGCAGAGAAGCCUUUAUACAGAAAAAGAAAACGCAAAAGGAGGAGAAAGAAAAUAAGAAAUACCAGAUUUGGAUUAUGUGAAGGAAAAUAUCCCAAACAGAAAUUCUCAAUCGGAUGCAGUACGUGUUUCUGCGACAAGUACUCAGGAAUAUAUUGCUCAGUGAGGAAAUGUCUUAAACCUAUAAGAACAUUGAAAGCAACUCUGUCUCUCUCAAAAACUGAUCCGUCUAUAGUUGUUCCAAAUGUAAAACGCGUCGAAGCGCCUAUGGACGAUGAUAUGUGUCAAGCAAACACUAGAUUUCGUAAAGAAUGCAAUGAAUGCAUUUGUCUCAAACUGGAAAAAAAUGUCAUAGUUUUAGAUUGUUCACUUAAGACUUGUUCAUCGUCAAAAAAUGAUGAUGAAAUGUUUGAGAAUGACUGCGUUGUUGGCAGUGUGUAUAUGAGGGAUUGUCGCAUAUGUUACUGCUAUACUAUUGACGGAAUUGUACAUCAAAUAUGUCACGCCAACGCGGAAUGCGCUUCUAAUAAAAAUGAGUUGGAUAUGGGAUAUUGUAUACCAAUGCGCAAGUAUAAGAGAGAUUGCAAUACCUGCAAAUGCUUAGCCGAUGGGAAAACUUUAAAGUGCACUAGUCUAGCUUGCCCGGCAAGAUCUUCGAAUCCAGUAUCAGUGGACAUAGUGCCGGUACAAAUGUUGAACGGCGACCACUGUCCCAAAGGCUACUCAUAUAAAUUGGACUGCAAUACAUGUUUUUGUCUGUCAAAUGGGAACGCAAUUUGUACAACAAAAGACUGUUCUGAAGAUAACGAAGAAUCGUAA